CUGGUGAGAUUCUGAGAAGGAGUGGCGGGUCUCGGGUCGGGUCGGGUCUUGGGCGGGUGUCCGAACGCUGGGUCGGUCCGGAGCAUUUUCCACCACCACUCGAGCACAUCCAGUGGCAAAUUGCUCAACUUCAACAACAACAACUUCAAGGAAAAUACUAGUCAUCAAACCAUCAGUUUCAUGAAGUCUCGAGGAUGAAUUAUAGCGAACCGGCAAACAACAAGAUGAGCAUUCAGUCAAACACUCGCAGAAUCUCUCGUUGCUUCGGUCUCAAUCAGUGGAUGUCGAGGUCUAGCAAAUCGAUCAGCAGGAUAUCUCCUCAUCUCUUCAAUGCCAUCCUUGCCGCCACUCAACGUCUAGACUUCUCUCUUUCACCUUCCAAAACAAUCGCCAAACUGAAAGCACAUCGUUGGAGUCUCAAAGGAGAUGCCCAAUACCUUAUCAUGAUCACCGUCUCUGGUUUAAGUCUGUGGUUUUGCGGGCUGCAUUGGCUGAUAAAGAUCUCUCUGAUAAUCCUCUACACGAGCGCCCUACUUGUCCCAUUGACCUCACAGUUCUUCCUACCGGCCUCACCGAUCUUCACAUGGGUGAUCCUCUUCUUCUCGAACCGCUACAUCCCGAUGUCCUUCCGCUCGAAGAUCCACAUCUGGGUCUCAAUCCUGCCCACCCUCGAGUCCGUCCUCUACGGCGCCAACAUCUCUGACAUCCUCACCCGCUACACCCAUCCCCUCCUCGAUAUCCUCGCCUGGCUCCCCUACGGCGUCCUCCACUUCGUCCUCCCCUUCGUCGUCGCUAUCUUCCUCUUCGUCUUCGGCGGCCCCGGCGCCGUCAAAUUCUAUGGCAAGGCGCUCGGCUACAUGAACCUCAGUGGCGUCGUCAUCCAGAUCUUCUUUCCCUGUGCACCGCCCUGGUACGAGCUCAGCCACGGUCUCACACCGGCUAACUACGACAUGCCAGGUGAGGCGGGCGGUCUUGCUCGGAUCGACGCGAUUUUCCACUCCCAAGGGUAUACGACCACCUUCCGAAACUCGCCGAUCGUCUUUGGAGCCUUCCCCAGUUUGCAUGCAGGCUUUGCAACUCUUGAGGCUUUGUUCCUGUCCCACUAUUUCCCGAGAUGGAGGGUGUUCUAUUGGACUUAUGCCUUCAUACUCUAUUGGAGUACGAUGUAUCUCACACAUCAUUAUUUGGUAGAUUUAGUAGCAGGGGGAGCUCUAGCGGUAGCCUCAUUCUAUCUCUUCCUAACCGAAGACCAACGACAUUUACCGAUGUUGAAUGCAUCGAUAGCGGGGGAAGAGGACUCGAUUGCGAAGGGGUACCAUUCUGGGAUCCGGGGCAUGCUCGGACAUCGGGGGGCUAACGGCACCUGGAGUCGGAUCAGACAUAGCAAUGAGCCCGAGGAUCCCGCAGAGGACUUCGAGUUCGAUCAUCUCUUCCUUGACGAUCAGCUUCGGUUGAGGGACGAGGAGGAAAGACUAGGCGAUCGCCCGACUGGCACUCGUAAAACUUCUUUGGAUACCCUCAAAUAAUUUUUUUCCCCUCCCUUACCUCCUCUCAAUUGACAAAACCUCUCCUUUCAUUCAUUUUUUUUUAUCUUACGCUCUGUUUUCCUUCAUCUCCAUCAUCUCCUCCCCUCCCCUCUUCUUUUUCUACUUCACAUGCUAUCAUCCUUGUUUGCGCCUGCUCUCUACAAGAUCUUAAAUUAUUCAAAUGGCAUCAUGUCCACUCCUCCCCUCCCCUCUCAUCCGCCACUCCUGCCCUUGCUUCCCCUUUUGCCACCAAUAGUCACUCCUCUUCACACUUAUUUGUAUAAAAACAUACAAUCAGAUUAGAUUUUUUUUGUCAUUUUCUCCAAAAUGAGUUUGACUUCCUUAUACAUAUAUGAUCUUGAUGGGUCCAAGAACAUAUUCAUCAAAGUCUUCUCUUGGAUAUUCUACUUACUUGAUGGGCAAAAAUUAAAAUAUGUUCCUGAUAAGUAUGUCUUCAUAGGGAUGUAUUUAGGGUUCGUUCAUAAAUCCUCAGUUUGUAUAGCUUGGUUUGCCAGUUUUUCUUUUCUUUUCUGUUGGUCUACUCCAUCAUUUGUCGUUUUCCUUUUUUUU